CUGGCAAUAUGGCAGUCACGUCGUACUGUACACAAUUCUCGCGCUACUUCCGGGGUGUGCUAAAACUUGGAUAGAUGAAAGGUUACUUCCUGUCUUCUUCUAGCAAAGAUGGCGGAGUGCGUUUUAUAGACCUGCUCUGUCACUUGAUGUAGGGACCAAGCGAUAAAUCUUCCCAUAUUCAGUCUUGUCUCGCUGAACAGUAUCUGCUCUGGAGUUCCUCCCAAAAACCUAAUUUUACAGCAAUGGCGGCAGCUCUGGCUAUGAAGAGAGAAGGUCCUCAGUUCAUAAGUGAAGCUGCAGUGCGAGGGAAUGCAGCAGUUCUGGACUAUUGCAGAACGUCCGUGUCUGCCCUGUCUGGAGCUACAGCUGGAAUACUUGGCUUAACAGCCCUGUAUGGUUUCAUAUUUUAUUUCCUCGCCUCAUUCCUCCUCUCUUUGCUCUUGGUAUUAAAGUCUGGACGAAGAUGGAACAAAUAUUUUAAAACCAGACGGCCACUGUUUACGGGCGGUCUUAUAGGAGGCCUUUUUACGUAUGUCCUCUUCUGGACCUUCCUGUAUGGCAUGGUGCACGUUUAUUGAAAUGUCAUGCGUGAUAUGGUUUCUCAGAAACAUUCUUUUUAAUGGGAUGCAAAGACUUAUGCCCAAUAAAUUGAUUAGUCAGGCCUAGUUUUUAAUUUGAGAAAUAACUGAUUGGUUUCUGUUAGUAACUUAUGUUGACUGAAAUUCGGGAUGCUGUCUAUAAUUAAACAAAUUCAAAACCAAA